CGCACGAGUAGCCCAAUCAAGCGAGCCCAGUCGCAAUCCGCACGCCGCACCAGACGGACGUCAGUGACGCUCGCGCACGCCAGCGCGAUAGUAACACGAUAUGUGAAGUGUCUCAUUGCCGUGCCAAUAAAAAAAUUACUUUAGUGAAGUUGACGCUGUUGUUGUUGGGAGAUUUUUUUUAAGUUAAACUUGUUUAUGUUCGAUUGGAUUUGAUGUGAAGAUGUCCUCUUUCAUCACUACUGAUGCUGAAGCGCAGCCUGAAGUUAAAGAUCGGAUACUGGAACGUGACGCUGGCUUCGUGUCGGGGGGAGAAGACGAUGACUCUUGUUCGGGACCAGCGCAUUCCGACGACUCAGGCGUCAGACUGGUGGAGAAUCACUCCAGAAAGAGAGACCGUCCUCCAUCCAGAUCACAACCGCCGAAGAAACGCAUCCGCCUCAGCUCCCGCGAAGACCUGACCAGUCCCGAGAGUGACGUCCCCACUAGCCCGUUCCGACCCUGGUCUUUUGCCGAAGAACCUCAGCAGGAGCCCCUAUCUCUAGUCAAGAAGACCAGUGAGACCAGCCUUUUGAGGCAACGAAGAAGACCUCUGGAACCACCUCCUGCUAUAAUACCCCCUCCACCAGCGGCAGACACAAGAACAGGCCCACCCAGGGUCCCUCCUCAUCCAGGGGUAAUAGAACCUUACACCGAAAAAUCAAAGCCUAGAGAACAGAGGAACUACAAGAAUAUGACGCGAGAGAGGAGGAUAGAAGCUAACGCCAGAGAGAGAACGAGAGUACACACCAUAAGUGCUGCCUUCGAUACCUUGAGACGAGCGGUGCCAGCUUACAGCCACAACCAGAAACUAUCUAAGUUGUCAGUGUUACGGAUAGCCUGCGCAUACAUCGCUGCUUUGUCAGCAGCCUCAGACCCUGAGGCUGAUCUUUCGUCGGCGGUAGAGAGCGUUACACAGACAAUACACACAGAAGGAAAGCUAAGGAAGAAAAAAGACGAUCCAUGAAGAGUCGUAGCAUUGGAGGGCCCAAUUUUAUUAAACGGGCGCAGUACUCGUUACCAGAUGUGGCUAUAGAGAGAAGAAAACCACGGACAACAGAAUGAUCUAUACAAGGGGACUGGAAAUUUUCUUAUAAAUUAGAUUAUGUCCGUCCGUACCACUAAGAAACAUGACAAAAAAUCUCACUAGAAGUAUAUAAUAGAAUUUACGUCGAUUUUGAUGGAAGCGACUCUCACAAGACUGAGUUUUCAAAGACUUGAGUGUUGUUACUGCAUACAUUUUUAUGAAUGCGUUGUUGACAAAACAAUUUGUACCGUCCUACACUUAUUGAAUGAAUUGUUUUAAACUUAGUACAAAACAAAGGUGACAAUAAUAAAAUUGGUGAUGGCAAUUUUGUAGCGAAUACUUAUGAAAUUGGAUAAAUUGAUUCCUUUAUUAUAUUAAAUAAGUGUUCAUAGGAAAUGUAAUGGGAAAAAUGAUAGAUAACUGUAACUAAAUUUGACUGAUACAAUGGUACGAAAGUUCCUGUAAGCGUAUAUAUGGAUCUUGUACGUUAUGAAAGACCUCUUUG